AUGGAGCAGUUUGUGCCUGGACGCUCUCUGUCGGUCCGCAGGCGGGGUCGUUACGCAGAGGGACGUUUUCUAAACGACCUGUGCGUCUCCAUGCGUCACCUGCUGCUCUACCGCCGCUCCGUGCGCGGCCUCCGCAGCACCUAUGCAGGUGUGAUGCUGCUGAUCGGCCAGAUGGCGGACGGGGGGGGGGGGGGAUAUGAAUCCGACAGAACAGCGUGCGUCUACGGCAAAAGAAAAACCUGGCACCUAUUUGGAACUGUUUUUGUUGUUGUAUCUUUCCCCUUCCUUUUCAACCCCUGCCUGGCCUGUAACGACGGCACUCCUCAGUGGGCUCAGAUGGUUUACUACACGCCCUUCAUCAUCAUCAUCUUCCAGCUCGGCUGGGCCGCCGCUCAGAUCUCACACCUCUCCCUAAUCCCAGAGCUCGUGUCCAGCGUGAGCGACAAGGUGGAGCUCACUGCGUACAGGUAUGCCUUUACUGUGGUGGCCAACAUCACAGUGUACACUGUGGCCUGGCUGCUCUUUCACUUCCAGUCUAUGCGGAAUGUGGACCCCUCCAUCACAGACAGCCUGGGCCGGAUGGACAAGAAGAGGGAUGUCGGAGAGAAAUAACACACUCCUUCAAAAAAAAUCUCUAUUUUUACUCUAUCCCUCUGUCUUUGUCUGUAGACACUGGUCCUCAUUAUGGUGUGUACUGGAGCUUUGUUCUCCCUGAUAUUCCACGUCGGCACAAAAGAGGACAUGCCGGCCUCAAAGAGCGAGAAUCAGCUGAUCACACCUUCCCCCUCGCAGGAUGCUCUGCCUCGUCCUGUAUUUCAGUGGACGCAAUGGCUAAAGGAGCCUUCCUUCUACCAAGUGGCUUUCCUGUACAUGUUCACCAGACUGAUAGUCAACUUAUCUCAGACCUACAUCUCCAUUUACCUCACCGACUCACUGAUGUUACCAAAGAACUUUAUCGCCAUCAUACCUCUGGUGAUGAAUGUCAGCGGCUUUGUUUGCUCUCCAGUCAUGAAACCAGUCAGCAAGCUCAUAGGAAUCAGUAUUACCUAUUUCGUCGGCCUGUUGUUGGUGUUUGGCUUCGCCACAUGGGUGUUUAUGGACAGGAGCAUGGGAGUUGAGAGCGUCUACGGAGCAGCGGUGCUGCUGGGAGCCGGUUCAGCUACAAUCCUGGUCAUGUCUCUGUCCAUGACGGCCACACUCAUCGGGGAGCAGACGCAAAGUGGAGCCUUUGUUUAUGGAUCAAUGAGCCUCGCAGACAAGGUGGCUAAUGGCGUGGGGGUCGUCCUCAUCCAGAGCACACGACCAGGAAGCACAGAGGCCUGCUCCCCAGACUGUGUUUGGUUUUAUCGUGACGUCAUGGCGACGGUUAGGGGUGCGGCCCUGGCUGCAGCUCUUUGCCUGAUUACUCUUGUAAUCCGGCCAAUCAGGAUACGGAAGAGCUAG